CAUGUGAUUUGCAAAAUUGUGUUUUAAUGCUUAUAAAAUUAAUUUUUUGAAUCACAUCUAUUGUCAUUAAAAAACAAUUGUCUGACCUCCCCCCCACUUCCCACAACUCUGAAAAAUGUAAUAUAUAUGUUUAAAAUCAAUAUCUGUUCAAAUUAUAAAAAUAAAACUUGAAUUCUCCCAAGCAUAGUUCUAGUGACUGUUUACUACUGAAAAGGGAGGCGGCUGUGCUCGCUCUACUAACAUAUCAGGGUUGAGUUUCCUGGGUCAGAUGCUGUAGCUGACGCAUAUGUUAAGACCCGGAAGGAAGCCUGGAAUCUGAAUUCAAUUGAUCGGCUCAGCUGCUCGGGGGCUGUGAAGGGAGAGCUCUGCAUUAACCGCCCUCUGUGCCCAGCCCUGGGGAGACUUUCUGCGGCGGCUGGAACCAGCCCCUGGGGCAGCCCAGGGCUCUGCGGACACCAGCCCCUGAGCCGGAGCCUGCAGGAGCUGGUGAGCUUUGAGGAGGCAGCUGUGUAUUUCACCAAGGAGCACGUCUCACCGCAGAGCCCCCUGCAGGGACGCCAUGCAGGAGAACUAUGAAAACGUGAUCUCGUUGGCGGAGGAGAUUGCAAUCAGCUGGCCCCGGAUAACCGCUUUCGCCGAGUCCCACAGGAGGAGAGGAUUGGUGUCCGGUAUAGACAUGGAGUCAGAGCAGGGCCAGCUGGAGCCAGCCCAGGUGCAGAACUCGGCCGCAGCUGGCCCCAGCGAAGGAGGGAUGACCCCUGACUUGCGUCGGCAGCUGGGUCUCAUCCUGCAGACGGCCGGCCGGAGCCAGGUGGAGAAGAUGCUGCGGGAGCUGGUGAGGGAGCAGAGCCAGGAGGGAAAACGCAAGGCCCGCAAGAAAGCCACAAGGAGUGCCAAGGACGCAGGUGACGGGGCGCCAAGUGACAACGAGGAGGAGACCCCCCCUCAGGAAGGCUCUGAGAAGGCAGAGUCACCCGAGGCCUUGCCAGGAAAAACUGAGGGCCCCGAUCAGGGUAAAGCCAGCGGGAGCCAGUGCCGGUCAGAAGGGCAGCCACCGCAGCAGAAGAGCCCCGCGCCGAGGAAGCAAGAGGGCAAAGCCACUCGCCGUGCUGGCCUCAAGAAGGGGAAAGAGUCCCCACUGUCGCAGCAGCGGGGGGCAGGCGUCUGCACUGAGUGUGGGAAGGACUAUGGUUGCGGGCGAGCAGCGCAGCGGGUGCAGACGCCGGAGAAGCCGCACCAGUGUGGGGAAUGUGGGCGCUGCUUCCGCCAGCGCUCCAUUCUGGCCAAGCACCAGAAGAUCCACACGGGAGAGAAGCCCUACCGCUGCGAUGACUGUGGCAAGUGCUUUAGCCGCGGCUCCAACCUGACACAGCACCAGCGUAUCCACACCGGUGAGCGCCCCUUCCACUGUGGUGACUGCGGCAAGAGCUUCAUCCAGAAGUCGGACCUGGAGCGGCACCAACGUGUCCACACUGGCGAGCGCCCUUACCAGUGUGGCCAGUGCGGCAAGUGCUUCAGUGUCAGCUCCCACCUGGACCGACACCGGCGCACCCACCUGGGGGAACAGCGCCGCCACCAUGCCUGUGGAGGAGGCAAGGGCUGCAGCGGCAGCCCAGCGGCCCGUCACCGGGCCUGCCAGGCCGAAGAGGAGGAGGAGGUGGCAGUGACUGCCCACCAAUGUCCCGAGUGUGGGAAGUGCUUUGCCCAGCGGGCCUCCCUCUCCAAGCACCGCAAGACCCACAGCGGCGAGCGGCCCUACCAGUGCGGUGACUGCGGCAAGCGUUUCAGCCGCAGCUCCAACCUGACCCAGCACCAGCGCAUACACACCGGUGAGCGCCCCUUCCAAUGUGGUGACUGCGGUAAGCGCUUCAUCCAACGCUCCGACCUGGAGCGGCACCAGCGUGUCCACACCGGCGAGCGGCCCUACACCUGCCCUGACUGCGGCAAGAGUUUCAGCGUCAGCUCCCACCUGGACCGGCACCAGAAGAUCCAUGCUGCUGAGCAGGCCUCCUACCGUUGCCCCGAGCACCUCAAGGGCUUCCUGGCUGCUCACCAGCAUGGCAAACUCUUCAAGUGCUCCGACUGCGGGCGCUGUUUUGGCCAGAGCGCGGCGCUGAUCAAGCACCAGCGGGUGCAUGCUGGCGAGAGGCCCCACCAGUGCACGGACUGUGGGAAGAGCUAUGUGGCUGGCAGUGCCAGUCCCAAGGGCCAGGUGGCGGCCGGAGGGAAGCCCCACAAAUGCACUGACUGCGGGAAGAGCUUGGGUGGCAUCUCACCUCCCAUGCUGCACCCAAGGCUGCGUGCCCAGCAGUGCAUGGACUGCGGGAAGAGCCUGGCGGCGGGGAAGCUCCCGCCACCACCGGCGGAGAAGCCAUUCAAGUGCACGGACUGUGGGAAGGGCUUUGGGCAGCGCUCGGCCCUGGUGAAACACCAGCGGAUCCACACGGGCGAGAAGCCCUACGCCUGCCCCGACUGUGGGAAGGGCUUCAUCCAGAAGUCGGACCUGACCAUUCACCGGCGCAUGCACACCGGAGAGAAGCCCUACCGCUGUCCCGAAUGCGGGAAGUGCUUCAGCGUCAGCUCCAACCUCAUCACCCACCAACGCACCCACCUGGGCGAAAAGCCCUACCAGUGCUCCGAGUGUGGCAAGAGCUUCAUCCAGCGCUCAGAGCUCACCAUCCACCAACGCGUGCACACCGGCGAGAAGCCCUACAAGUGCCCCGAGUGUGGGAAGUGUUUCAGCCGCAGCUCCCACCUCAACCGGCACCAGCGCACCCAUGGCGGCGACAAGCCUUCACUGCUCUUCGCCUCCAAGAACUCUGCCGCUACCAGCAACCCCCUGCAGGCCUCCUCUGCCUUCUCCUCUGCCUCCUUCUCAUCCCCACUGGGCACCUCCUCUGCCCCCCUCCCCGCCCUGCCCUCUUUCCCUUCCUCCCCCAUCUCCAUCCCUGCCCUCUCCAAUAACCCGCUGGAUCUGCCCUGGGCCCUGUCCUUCCCGUCCCGCGCCUUCCCCCACCCUUCCUUCCCCUCGCCUGCUCCGCCCGGGGCCCCGGCCCCGUCACUGAUAAACUAACUGCCCCCUGCAGCCUCUCUGUUGCCCCUCGCUCCCCCUAAUUCUUGCCUGCGUCCCUCCUUACUCCCCAUGAAUCUUGCCUCUCUCCCUCCAAUCUCCCACCUGGCACCUCAUAAUCUCAACUCUCCCUCUCCUGGUACCCCAUGAAUCUUGCCUUUCUCUCCAACUCCCCCAUUGUCCCCACUGCUGUUCCCUCCCCCAUUCCCACCACCACUGCCAACUCUCUUGCAGUUUCAUGGUGAGUCUCAUGAUAUUUGGCAUUUUCCCUAAAGCCCCAGCUCCUAGAGCAGGGGAUUUUCAUGAGAAUUUCAGUUUAGAAAAUUUCUCGUCCUCCUGGUUGCAGAGAAAAGCAGGAAAACGUGAUCCCUGGCGGCUCGGACACCAGAAGGCAAAUAAUCUCAACGCUGAAUUUAGUAUUUUUAAGCCAACUUCCUGAUGGUUUUGGGGCCUGGCUCCUGCUUUUUGAAGCUGUGGGGCUGGUGAUGCUGCAAUGGGGCCAUGGCUAUGAAGCUGGUCUUGUCUUUCUCCUUUCUCCAGUCCUUCUCUUCCUUCAGCAUUCACGCCAUCCACCUCCUCUCCCCUUACCAUCCCUUUGACCUUUCCCUUGGACUGGCUCCUCCCCUUCUCCCUUCCCAUGUCCCCAAUGCCUGUACCAGUGGCUCCUCCGAUUCUGCCGCACAAUAUCCUCAUUCAGCCCUGCAGCGCUGGACCAGAUCCCUUCCCUGGCUCGUCACCAGCUUUGGCCCCACUCUGGACAAGGCGGUUGCUGAGCCCUCUCCAUCUCUGAUCCUCUCCAUCUUCACUCCAUGUGAUCCUCACAAGGAUCAUGGUGCUGUCGUAAAAGGACUCUUAGGAGGCCCAGGCCAGAAUGGAAAGGCAGAUAGGCCAAGACUGGAAGCAUCCUGUGCUGAGAGCAGCAGCAAAGUCCCAUGCUCCUCCGGUGAGUGGAACGAACAAUUCAAUCCCUACCCUGCAGAGGUUCAAGUGUCCAGAGACACAACAGCCUAGCAAGCCGAGCCGUUGACUGCAUGGGCUACUGGAGUGCUGGCAUCUCCAUACUUGUAGACUAAGCAUAGGUUGGCGGGGAAAGGUUAAGGUUAGAGCUGGUCAACAUUUGUCACAUUUUGAUGAAAAAUUAUGUUGACCUUUUGAAUUUUGAUGAAAAAGAAAAGAGAAGAAAUUAAUUUUCCAACAUUGAUUGUGAAUUCCUCUCCCCCCCCCUUUUUUUUUCUUUUUGAACAUCUCUAGAACAUGGCCAACAUUGUCUGGAAUUUCAAAACUUCUGUGCAAAUUUUAGAAUUUUGAAAACUGGACCUGAAAUUUUUAUUUUUAUUAUUUUUUUUGCUUCCCCUCCCCUUCCACCCUGUUUUUCGACUGCCUCUAGUUAGGAUCAUCACUGAAAAGCUAGGUAACAGUUAUCACUCAAAGUAAUUUCAUUUGGCUUGUCCCAUAUUUCUGCUUCCAUGUUGGAUCAAUUACUAUCUCUAACUGCUCUUGUGACUCUGUUUUCCAAGUCUGUUUCGAUUUUCCUUUUUUUAAAUUUUUGUAACCUUGUAAAUAGCCCGGUGAUAGUUUUAGACUCUGUAAAUAUUUUUAAAAAAUCUAUUUUCCUGUUACUCAUAGAGGAGAAAGCUGUGUUUUAAACACCUGCUGUACUGUAAUGAAGAAGGGAGGAUUGAUCUGGACUUAGCCACCCUCCGAGCACACUACUUGACACCCAAAGAGAGAUUCCCCUUCAGCCCUGGACCAUUUAAGAGACUAAAGAGUCAGUGUGGUAACAUUAAAUACUUCAGACUACUUAAAUCCACAUUUAGGCUGGUGUAUCCAACCAUCAAGUGUCCAGCAUAUCCUGAAUCACCCUUGCAUUUUGCAACUGCUGUCACGUAUUCCCACAUCCCAGCUGGAAUUUCAUGCGUCUCCCCACCCCCAAGUGUUUGCCUUCAGCUCCCUCUUUCUGCCACACGUGAGCAGUCAAGGCGCCUCCCUGGCUUGCCUUUCGCUACCCCCUGGCGCUGGAUCCCAGCAGGGAAGGAACGCAUGGGAAAAGCAGAAGGCAGCAGCAGUGGGCCCAGCUGGCAGGGAUGGAAUAUGAGGGGAUUCAGUACAAGACACAUGAUCCCCUAGUUGCCUCCCAGACAGCAGCCCUGAUACUCCAGGAUCCAUUCCCUCCAGCAUUUUCAGCACACUUCAGACAGGACCGAGACACUCUCUCCAGCACUCAACAAUCCACCCUACUCCCUGCAGCUUGCUGCACAAACCUUGGCCUUAUGUCCUGCCCCAUCAUUGCUGGGGGCAGCGCAGUGUUAGAAGAUAACAUAAGAACAGCCAUAUUGGGUCAGACCAAUGGUCCAUCUAGCCCAGUAUCCUGUCUUCCAACAGUGGCCAAUGCCAGGUGCCCCAGAGGGAAUGAACAGAUAAUCAUCAAGUGAUUCAUUCCGUCACCCAUUCCCAGCUCCUGGCAAACAGAGGCUAGGGACACCAUCCUGGCUAAUAGCCAUUGAUGGAGCUAUCCUCCAUGAAUUUAUUCUUUUUUGAACCCUGCUAUAGUCUUGGCCUUCACAACAUCCUCUGGCAAAGAGUUCCACAGGUUGACUGUGCAUUGUGUGAAGAAAUACUUCCUUUUGUUUGUUUUAAACCUGCUACCUAUUAAUUUCAUUUGGUGACCCCUAGUUCUUGUGUUAUGAGAAGAAGUAAAUAACACUUCCUUAGUUACUUUCUUCACACCAGUCAUGAUUUUAUAGACCUCUAUCAUAUCCCCCCUUAGUUAUCUUUUUUUUCCAAGCUGAAAAGUCCCAAUCUUAUUUCUCUUCAUACGGCAGCCGUUCCAUACCCUUAUUCAUUUUUGUCGCCCUUUUCUGAACCUUUUCCAAUUCCAGUAUAUCUUUUCUGAGAUGAGGCGACCACAUCUGCAUGCAGUAUUCAAGAUGUGGGCAUAGCAUGGAUUUAUAAAGAGGCAAUAUGAUAUUUUCUGUCUUAUUAUCAAUCCCUGUCUUAAUGAUUUCCAACAUUCUGUUCACCAGAACCUGCAGUUUAUGAUGACAUGCAAAGUGGUUGUAAGUAUGCAGAUUAACUCAUUAAAUCAUUAGAGAACCAAGGUGGGUGAGGUAAUAUCUUUUAUUGGACCAACUUCCGUUGGUGAGAUAGACAUGCUUAUAAGCUACAGAGAGCUCUUCUUCAGAUCUGGGAAACUUAGCCCUGGUCUACACUGCAGAAUUACUUGAUAUAACUACAUCACUCAGGGGUGUGACUGAUCCACACCCCUCAGUGACAUAGUUAUACUGGCCAGACAAUCUCUAUGCUCUCAAAUGAACUCACACAGAAAAAUGAUAAAAGACAAAAACUCUAUCACCAGUGAACACUUGCCACAAAGUGAUCCCCCCCAUAUCUGACCUCUCAGUCCUCAUCCUCAAAGGAAACCUGCUGAAUACCUUCAAAACAUGAGCCUGGGAGUUUAAAUUCAUAACUUUGCUAGACACUUAAAAUCAUGGUCUUAAUAAAGACACUGGAUUUAUGGCUUAUUAUAUUCAUGUAACCCACUAACCCCCUUUUUGUUCUGUGACUACAAGGGUGUUAGUCACAUUUUGCCUUGAAUGGUCCCUUAGAAUAAUGGCUAACAACUUAUGCUAAACUAUCUGUUCAAUCUUAUAUUUAGCUGUGACGCUCUGAGCCCUGGUCUACACCACAGAAUUACUUCAGUAUAACUAUGUCACUCAAGGGUGGUGUUAUACUGACCUAAAUGCCAAUGUAGACAGUGCUAUGUUGACAGGAGAGCUGUCACUGGUUGACUAUGCCACUGGGAGAGCUCUCUUGUCAGCAUAGAGUGUCUUCAUUGAAGCACUGCAGCUGCGCCGAUGCAGAAUUUUAAGUGUAGACUUCCCCUGAGUACCUUUCCCAGUCCUGAAGGAGAGCUCCAUGGGGCUCGAAAGCUUGUCUCUCUCCCCAGCAGAAGUUUGUCCAAUAAAAGGUAUUACCUCACCCACCUUGUCUUUCUAACGUCCUGGGACCAACACGGCUACAACAACACUGCAUACGUCAUUACAUCUUUGGAAAACUCCAGCCUAAAUGAGUGGCCUAAUUUUUCAGAGGUGCUGUGCUCCUGGCCCAUGACUGGGGCCCCAGGCAUUACACCCAUGAUAGUAAUAAAUGAAAAACUGCUGCUUCUCCUUGACACUGAUAGUCUUUAUGGCUGCCCAGUGCCCCUGAGAACCAGGCAGCUUUCAUUUAGAUGCCUUCAUAUGGCUGUAGGGGCCAAAUCCUCAGCUAGUGUACAUUAGUGUUGUCAUUGACCUGAAAGCAGUGAAAAACUCCAACUGAGAAGUCUAUUCUAUUCUAGUAAAGAAGUGUUUUACCCACGAAAGCUUAUACCCAAAUAAAUCUGUUAGUCUUUAAGGUGCCACCGGACUCCUCGUUGUUUUUGUGGGUACAGACUAACGCGGCUACCUCUCUGCUACUAUUCUACUCUAGUGGUUUUUAUAUCACGUUCAUCACAGUAGCAUCUGAGUGCCUUUCAGUAGUGCAUGAAACAUCUGUCUAAUAUCUAACAGUUUAGGCACCGAGGUCUAAGAAUUUGGGCCUACAUAUGUUUUUAAACCUCCCAUAAAAAGACCCAGAAAAUUGUACUGUACAGCUGACUAAAGAACCAGGCUUCAUUUGGACUCUUGUAUUGUCUUGGGAUGAUCCUAGCUUUUUGGUGGGUCAUAAAAGAGAAGGAAAAUGAGAUUUGGAAUCCCCAAGCACUUUCAAAUUUGGGUUUUGGCUUGAGUGUCUGUUUCUGACAGAGUGGGGUUUGGCGCUUCAGUGUACAAACACCCCACAGCCCAGUGAAAAAAACAAUCCUCCCAUGGAGUCUAUGAAUGGUUUUUGCAUCAUCAGAAUGGGAAACUUGGAACCGGAAUGCAACUGCCAGCUGAUCCAGAGUUCUGUUGGAAUAUUCAGAGCUACUUGGUCCAGGAAGUUCCUUGUUCUUAAAGAAACAGACACUUGAAGUGAAAGAAGAAAACUUUUGUCGUUUUUGGUUUGAAGUUUGAUUUCAUGCAUAUGGUGAGGAACCAUAAAAUCAAUUGAUCUGAUUAAGUGACAAACAUUAAACUUAGAUGUUAAAUUAUUUACAACCUUUAAUUUUGUGCUAGCACCUUAGGUGCCACAAUGACAGGAUGCUUUGAAGACAGACACUUAGAUAGACCUGUUAAAUAGAAAGACAGGUGGAAAGACAUGGGAUAUCAAGAAAGAACUGCAUCAGGAGAGGUAUAGCCUACAUAACAGAGGCCUUUGUGCAACCUGAGACUCAACCUCCUGUGUGAACUAGAAGAUCAAAAGAUUCAGACUCGUGAUCUUGUUCAUCAAUAAGGAUGGGGUGUUUUUUGGUGGGAGACCAGUGUGUGGUAUUGCAGCUGGAACUGGAAAUGUUACACAUGGAGUGGAACCUUUGACAACCACAAUGCCAGGAGUAUCAAUGCCAGGAGGAACAUUACAUUGACAAGGAGCAAGAUCUCGAGGGAUGGCAUUGUCAGGAAGAGACACAGGACUGUCACAGUCAUGAGCAGAGAGACUGUUCCAGCAGCUGUUGGUCUUUCACCUGAGGGUGAUGGUGACAGAUGAAGAAUAACCUCCACAGCUUAAACAGUUAUUCUGUAAACGCACUGCUGAUGGAUGCCUGAUCUGGGGUGGGUUUGUUAUAUGCCUUCAAGAAAGUUUGUGAACGGUGCACAUUGAAAGAAGAAACAGGAGUUUUUCACCUGUCACUGGUAUUUCUGGGGAAGCACGUAAGGCUGAUGCUAGAAUGAGCUCUUGUGCUAAAAAAUGAAAGCUGUUCUGCUGGUGAUGGAAGCAUAGUGCAGAUGCUUCUGCCUGCUCAGUAAAGGGGCUGGUACAAAUCGUAUGCAGGGUUUCCGUGCCAGUGACUUUGAGAGACCGUCAGAGGUGUCUUCCUAGAAAAACUGAGAUGUAUAUCUUCGUGGACAGUUUGAGGGCAUGUCACAGGGAUCUGAGAGUCUGAAAGCUGAACCCAGUCAGAAAGCCCGAUGGACUGGUAGAUCGGUACCGUAUCUGCCAAGGGCUCCAUGGCACUGUCAGUCCUUGGAAACGCCAGCCAGUUUGCCUGCUGGUGCUUCCCUUUGGAAUGAUAAAUGCUCCAGCGGCGUUUCAAAGGAUGGCCAACAAAGAGUCACCAGGGCUGAAUGGGAAUACAUUGUCUGCAGUUAGAGGUGUGAGGUGUGCCCAAACCGUGGACCAACUCUGUCUACGAGGCCACUACCUACAGCAGCAGACCUGUUGCUGGGGUGCUAAAGUGGGCAGGGUGGGGGUGCUAAAGUAGUGAGCCUGCUAGAGGGGGGGUACCAAAGACUAGCCCACUAUAAAGAAGGCUUUUUGGGAGCAGGGGGGUUACUGCUGCAGUACCAUUGGGAGCACCAUACACAGAACAGCAUGCGCUGAACAGCAUCCAGCUGAAGGAGACAGAAGGCUGUACUGAGAAUGUCACUGGAAACGUAAUGGGGUGUUUUCUGAAAUGAUUCCCUGAGUCUGCUCUCGCUGAAAUCAAUGGCAAAACUAGGCAGCUCUGUCCAACACCACGUGCCUCUGAAAAACCCAGCCCCUAAGGCCACGUCCUAAAGGGUCAACCCCCCCUAGGCUUGGGUACUGCGGCCAACUGUCUUAUACACCAUAGGAGAAAGGAUAUGGCAGAAAUAGAGAUGUGAUGCAGAAGAGCAAAGAAAAAUAUCAGGGUCUUGGAUAGAUUUAUAAAGGUCAGGACUUAGUGUAGAGCUGAGGUAGAAUGAUGGAGGAAAUGAACGGUACAGCGGGGUACUUCCCUUCAUGCAAUUCCCAUAACACAACUACCAUAGGGGGCACAUGGUGGAAUUGAAAAAGCCACCUAUUUAAAGAUGAUAAAAGAAAAAAAGUAGUUGUACCCAAUGUGUAAUUAACCUAUGGAACUCAUUCCAUUAGAUACUACUCUGCCCAUUGCCACAGUAAUAAGUGUUUCAUAAAAACUUUAGUUGUGAAUGGGCUACAUUUUCCAAAGUGGUUUAAGAUGCCUUUGAAAGUGGCUUGGUUUUCGGAAAGGUGCUGAGCCCCCACUCUGAAAAGCAGUCCCCAGAAAGGGUCUCAAGUCAUGCUUCCAAAAAUGGAGGCAACCAAAAUCAAUAGUCACUUCAGAAAAAUCAGGCCUGCUGCAGGUAACGAACUCUGCCAUUCCACAACCAAAGCGAAAAAUGCGGGCAUGUUAUAAACGCUCCUGCUAUUGGGCACGAGCCAGUCACUGGCUGAUGGAGGUGAGGAACAAAAUUCCCCCUGGGGCAGGAAAUUGUAUAAAUGCACCUUUGUCUAAAGCAGCUGACGCUGGCCGCUGUAAGAGACAGGAUAUGGAGCUACAUGGAGCCCUGAUCCAGUGUAGCAGUUCCUCCAUUCCGAGGGCAUGAGCAGGUUUUAACUCACUAAAGUGAAUGGCAGAGAUUGUGACACCUCUGUAGGCUGCAUUACUGGAAUACUGCGUCCAGACCAAAAAACUCCUGUUCCCUAGUUAAACCUUUUCAGCAGACCUAGUGUCAGGGUCCUUGUAGCAUUGCUAUUCCAAGAUAAUACAAUGACUUUGCACACCAAUGAGUUGCCGUGAAAAUGGGACUGAAUGAUGCUAAACAUAGGGUUGCCAACACUCACAAUUUUAGCAUGAGUCUCAUGACAUGUGGUGUUUUCCUUUAAGCCCCAGCUCCUGGAGACGUGAUUAGGAGUGAAUCUGACCUUUCAUUUAAAACACUUUCUAGUCUUCGUGGUUGAAGAGAAAAACUUGAAAAUGGGACCCGAGUAUGAACCUAAAGGCUCCGAAACAGGAAAGUGAAUAAAAAUCCCUAAAUUGAUUUUUUUUUAAAAAAAAAAAAGAACCUCUUGAUUUUUUAAAAUCAGUCUGAUGAUUUUUGGAGCUUGACUCUUGAAUUUUUUAACAUCUUGGGAUUGGCAGCGCUGUAAAUGUGUCCUGGGGCCAUAGGAAAUCUAAGCCAGUGGGGCCAUGGAAAG